GGGGUGUGUGUGUGUGUGUGCGUGUGUGCGUGUGUGCGCGCGCACGCGCACACCCACACGUGCACCCCCACACAUCCACACCCAAACUUUGUGCAUUACUAAUGGAUUGUGAAGUAAAAAUGGCUUUCUGUUCAGUCAGUAUGUAACAAAUACUGAUUGCUUACUAGGUGUCAGGUACUGUCUUGGGUGCUGUGGUUACACUGUGGAUCAGGUUAGAUGCCGAUUAGGUUUUAUUAUCUAAUCAGGAAGCCAGGUAGUUAAGUAGACAGUGAAAUGAACUGUGAUAAGGGUGGUGAUGGGGGAGCAGAAGGUGUAGCGGCAGCAGACAGCAGGGUUGGCUCACCUACGCUGGUGGUGGGGAAACGCUUCUCAGAGAGUGCUGUUUAAAGUAAUACCUGAAAGAUGGGGAGGAGUUGGUGCAGAGGAAAGCUGGAGAGACCCAGAGACCUUGUCAAGUAUCUUGAAGAGUAUAGACUUUAGUUCAAAGGCCAUGAGAAAUCCUUCAAAGGUGGUAAGCAGGGAAAUGAGAUGGUCAGUUCUGUGUUUGAUAAGAAUCACUUGCCCUGGGGAUAAGAUGGAUUGCAGGGAGAAAGCCUUGCGGGGGCGGGGGCAGGGGGGGAUGUCCUGCAGUGGUUCAGGAGAGAAGAGAUGGUGGCUAGACAGAAAGUGAUGGUGAGGGGAUUUGAAAGAGAUUUAGGAAGCCGAACUGAAAGGACUUGGUGAUUGACAGGGCUUGGACUUAAGGCUGAGGGAGGAGGACAUAAGGUUGACGUUCAGGUUUCUGGCAUAAGCAUCUAAGUGGUUAAUGGCGCUGUUUACUUGGGAUGCUGGAGGGGCCAAUUUCAGGAGGCAGAGAAGGUAUAGUCAGUUGAGGGGGUUGUAUGCCUUUGAGACAACCACGUGGAGAUGAUAGUAGUCAGCUGAGUUUUUAAGUCUAAGAUAGUCUGGGCUAAGGGGCACCUGGCUGACUUAAUCAGUGGAGCAUGGGAUUCUUGACCUCAGAGUCAUGAGUUCAAGCACCAUGUUGGGCAUAGAGCUUACCUUAAAAAAAAAAAAAUGUCUGGGCUACAGAUAGGGAUUUGGGAGCCAUCUGUGUACAUAGUUCAUAAUUAAAGUCUUGAGAAGGGAGAACAGGGCUGGUGGAGCUCCUGGCUCCAAAAGAGUGAUUACCCUGAGGUCAUGAGCACUACCGGAGUAUGCCCUCAGUGCAUCCCUCUCCCCCUUCACUUGUCUCUGUUUCCUGUUAUCCCCUGAAAAUACAGGUGCUUGAUCCCAACUGUGCCCACUGCUGCCACCACCAAAGGCUCCUCAACUUUUCAUAAGAGAUUCAGUCUCCCAUCCUCACUAUAAAUGGGGAAAGCUUCCAAAUAUGAGAGGCUCUGUGGAUAUUCUGGUUGUAAGUAAUAGGAAGGAAGAAUCCAGGUUUUCCUUCUCCAUAUGGAGACAGGAAAGGAGGGAGAGCCUUAUGGUUAAUUCUGAAGAUGUUGCUCACAGCAGGUUCUGGAUGCAACCUGAUAGCUCCCCUCUGUUACUAACGCUUUCAGUGUUCCCUGCUUCUGGUCUGAUAGUGAACUCUCCUCCGGAUCAGAGAAGAGCUGUAGGCCUGAUAGGGAAACAGAGAGGCUGAUUCUCCCGAGAGAUGAGGUCAGGGAGACAAUGCAGCUAGGACAAAGAAGCCAAAUAGUUUGUGCCAAAUUAAUUUCCCCAAAGAUAUUAACCUCCUUUGCUUCACCAUUCCCUAAGGCUACACUAAGAUUAUGAAAGGUGUUCAAAAUGUUGAAAUGAAAAUAAUAUGCAUGAUUUGUUUGCAUAUAAUUUUCAUACUCAUUUACUAUCUAAAUACAAAAGAAUCAUUUUCCUUCUCCAUUCUACCUCCUCCACCCCUUGCGCCUGAUGUGCUAGUCAGGGCAAAAUCAGUUGACUGGUAUUUAAUUAGGUAUGUUCAGUUUCAGCCCCCCCUUUCCUUCUUUCCUUGUUCUUGAUCCUUCCAGUGUGGCCCAUAUUAGAAGCCUCUUUCCCUUUUCCACCCUGAUCAUUUUCACUUGCUAGCUCGUCUAAAGGACAUUUCUCUUCUUCUUCCUAAGUUAAUACUUACUCUUUAUCACCAAUCUCCUGUGGGCCAACCAAGGGGGAGGCAUUCGCUAGCCCUAAAACCAGUCCUUCUAUCCCCAUAGUCACCUGAAAUAGUUGCUAAAAAUCUCAUUUCCCAACACCAGGGGGUGUCUCUAUUCCUGUAUCUGUCCCACCCUGAAGGUAGAGAUUAGCCCCAACCCUUUUCCCCACUCCUUUUACGUAGCCCCUAAAGGUCCUUCUCUCCCUACCGUCGCAGAGCUUUGGGUUCAGAAAGUGGUGUCUUUUUAUUGCAGAUUAUCGUAGGUCUCUCAUUCUGUCCGGACAUGCAUAAAUUUUUCUUUUUCUUAGUCUGUUCAUCUUUCGGUCUCCGUACCACCCACGAUCCCGUUUGCUCCGGCUCGCCCUUUCUUUCGCUACCUGUCUUCCACCUCUCUACAUGGGUUUCAUCGCCCUUCUGGGUUCUUCACAUACGCGUCUCUGAGCCUCUUUGUGUAUCUACCUUUCUUUUUCCCUGUCCCCCUCUUUAUGGAACUCUCCCUGUCUCACUACUUCUGUGCCAGUCUCUCUCCGUCUCUCCCACAGUCCCCACAGUAGGAACAAAGUCACGAUGUUUGCGCAGAACAUGCCUCGCGUCGCCCCGACCGGGACCGUCACAUUCCACCGUGCCCCUCCGCGCAUUCCAACUGCAAACAAAGAGUUCCCCUCCCCCUCCUCCACUUUUCCCCGUCCCAAUUCCUGAGAGAUGUAGCGGCGCUGCCCAAACUGCCCCACGGCCGCCUCUCGCCUCCAGUCGGCGGGUCUCCACCUCCGGGACAGUUACCACCAGCACCACCCUCCCCCUUCAGCGCACCAGAGAUCCCUGCGCAGACACCCCCGUUCCUCCUGCACACAGCGCUCCGCCCCUCCCGGAAAGUAGAUCCGGCCAGGCAGACAAAAGUUUGGGAGAGAAGUUCGGUCUGUGCUGAGUGUGAGAGUGAGGGGGGCGGGGGCCGAGGAGAGUGGGGCGGCAGGGCGAGUGGACGCGUGAACAGACAGACCUGCGGACGGGACAGCCGCGGCCGUAGGCCCUUCUAGCCCCGCUUAACCCCUGAUGCGCGGGGGGUAGCAGCCCCUCUCGCUGGGGGAUGCUGCGGGAUUCCCGGUGCCGGGCAUCCGGGCCGCCCGCUAAACCCGUGUGCCUACCCCGUGCCCCCGGGGAACCGGAGUCCGGCCGCUGGGAAAGAGAAGCGGCCGCAGAGACGCUGCAGGGUGCCGGGCGGGGAGGGGGCUGGAGGCCCCAGGCCCGAGGGCAUGGAGCGGUUAGGGGAGAAAGCCAGUCGCCUGCUGGAGAAGUUAAGACUCUCGGACUCCGGCAGCGCCAAGUUCGGCCGCAGAAAGGGUGAAUCUAGCCGGUCUGGAUCUGAUGGGACCCCCGGGGCGGGCAAGGGGCGUCUGAGUGGGUUGGGGGGACCUAGGAAAUCAGGGCCCCGUGGAGCUACUGGGGGACCUGGGGAUGAGCCGUUGGAGCCAGCCCGGGAGCAGGGCCCCCUGGACGCUGAGCGGAACCCGCGCGGCUCCUUUGAGGCGCAGCGCUACGAAGGCUCCUUUCCUGGGGGGCCGCCUCCCACCCGGGCCUUGCCUCUACCUCAGUCAUUGCCCCCCGACUUUCGGCUGGAGACCACGGCCCCAGCUCUAAGCCCCCGCUCCAGUUUCGCCAGUAGCUCAGCCAGCGAUGCCAGCAAGCCGUCCAGUCCCCGGGGCAGCCUGCUGUUGGACGGGGCGGGGGCCGGUGGAGCCGGAGGUAGCCGACCCUGCAGCAAUCGUACCAGCGGCAUCAGCAUGGGCUACGACCAGCGCCAUGGCAGCCCCCUGCCAGCCGGGCCAUGCCUGUUUGGCCCACCCCUGGCUGGGGCUCCGGCGGGCUAUUCCCCUGGAGGGGUGCCGUCCGCCUACCCGGAGCUCCACGCUGCCCUGGACCGACUGUGCGCUCACCGGCCGUCGGGAUUCGGCUGCCAGGAAAGCCGCCACUCGUAUCCCCCGGCCCUAGGCAGCCCCGGGGCUCUAGCCGGGGCCGGAGUGGGAGCGGCAGGGCCGUUGGAGAGACGCGGGGCGCAACCCGGACGACACUCGGUGACCGGAUACGGGGACUGCGCCGCGGGCGCCCGAUACCAGGAUGAGCUAACAGCAUUGCUGCGCCUGACGGUGGGCACGGGUGGGCGAGAAGCCGGCACCCGCGGGGAACCCUCGGGGAUUGAGCCGUCGGGUCUCGAGGAGCCGCCGGGUCCGUUCGUUCCAGAGGCCUCCCGGGCCCGGAUGCGGGAACCAGAGGCCCGAGAAGACUACUUCGGCACCUGUAUCAAGUGCAACAAAGGCAUCUAUGGGCAGAGCAACGCUUGCCAGGCCCUGGACAGCCUCUACCACACCCAGUGCUUUGUCUGCUGCUCCUGUGGGCGAACUUUGCGCUGCAAAGCUUUCUAUAGCGUCAAUGGCUCCGUGUACUGUGAGGAAGAUUAUCUGUUUUCAGGGUUUCAGGAGGCAGCUGAGAAGUGCUGUGUCUGUGGUCACUUGAUUUUGGAGAAGAUCCUACAGGCCAUGGGAAAGUCCUAUCACCCAGGCUGCUUCCGAUGCAUCGUUUGCAACAAGUGCCUGGAUGGCAUCCCCUUCACAGUGGACUUCUCCAACCAGGUGUACUGCGUCACUGACUACCACAAAAAUUAUGCUCCUAAGUGUGCGGCCUGCGGCCAACCCAUCCUCCCCUCAGAGGGCUGUGAGGACAUUGUGAGGGUGAUAUCCAUGGACCGGGAUUAUCACUUUGAGUGCUACCACUGUGAGGACUGCCGGAUGCAGCUGAGUGAUGAGGAAGGCUGCUGCUGCUUCCCUCUGGAUGGGCACUUGCUCUGCCACGGCUGUCACAUGCAGCGGCUUAAUGCCCGACAGCCCCCUGCCAACUAUAUCUGAACUGCAGUCACUACUGCUGCCUUCGCCACCAUUGACAAAUUCCUCUGGCCAGAGGGCCCCUCUGAGGCCAGCUGAGGCAAGGAACGCACUCCCAGGCCGGGAAGAAGAGCCCUCUGGGGAAGGCCCCAAGGGCCAGAGACCCAAAGAUAUGACAUUCCAAAUGGAUUGUGGAGAAGGAACCUUCCAAUUGCCAUGGUGGGGUGACUGGCUUUCUUUCCAUGUGUGUAGCCUGUGCUGUAGUGUGUACUCAGGCACACACUACAGGCGAGUUCCAGUACUUUCUAAAGGUCUGAUUCUGGUCUGUAUCUCCAGUGUCUGAUUAUGCAUAAGUCAAGUGAUGUUCCAGCUUUGGAUUAUAGGAAGAGAGGACAUCAUGAGCACUCCUCACUCUUUUGUACCCCUCAUGUGGGUCAGGUAUGGGGUCAGCAGGUUCUUACUACAGUGUCUUUGUAUCUGGAUGAAGAGAUGGACACUAGACCUUAUUAAUGAGUUUUUUUCUUGGCCACCUUCUCCCUAUAGACUAGGAGCACUGCUCACCCCUCUGCUGGGAAGGGGGACAGCUCUCAGUGGGCCUGUUGCCUGUAUUGCCUAUUUCUCAGGGACUCACGUGGGCCUGGGAAGGCUAGGUGGGUGCCCAUACUUGGUUCCUCUUCUCCUCAGUUGGGGAAGUAAUGAGUGGGUCCUUGGUGGUGGAGGUGCCAGGUGAGACAUGUAAGAAGUGUCAGGCCAACCGCGCUCCGUGCACAUGCCCAGGUAUAGGUGCACCGAGACCUCCAGCCCAAUGUAGACACACAUAGGCACAUUCAUAGACACACUGUCUCACUCCCUUCUUCUCAGGUCACUCUUAUCCAGUUCCCUAAUAGUCACUCACCACUCCAGACCUGCCACCUCUCAGAGGAAUCUAGGAUUAUAACCGCUACAACUCCCAAACUCUGAGGUUCUGGGGAGCCAGAGGGGCAACACACUUUGAUCUGGUUCUAGUUGUUUGGCUGAAAUCGGUUUACCUAAGCUAGAUUCCCUUAAAGCCAAUUCGUGGGAGACUUGUAUGCUUAAAGUUUACUUGUUUUGGGGGGGGCAGGGAGGGUGCAAAAAAGGUGGUUUUAUUGAAAGCACGGGAAUAGGACCCAUGGGCAGAAAGAGCUGCCAAAGUUUACUUAAUGACCAGUUUGCCAAAAGCUCAGUACCUUU